AUGACAGCUAUGGAGAUAGCUGGUUCUUUCUUUAAAUAUGCGUCGAUACCGGUCGGCGUCGCGGUUGGGUUGUACCUCGUCCUCCUAGGGUUACUCACCACAUCAACCUUUCAAUCACAUGUCGUUUAUCUCCACGCAAUUCAAAUGACAUGGUUCAAAGACCUCAAUGUCCCUGAAAGUUUUGGAUUCCUGAAGAACCAGGUCACUCCGUUCUCCAUCAGAACGGCGGAUGGUGAAUGGCUAUACGCUUGGCAUAUUCUUCCUGUGGAAUUAUAUCGCAAGCACCAAAUACCUCUUGUCGAAGAGCCAGUAGGCUUUGUGUCCGACAUCAAGUCUCGGCUAGGAUUUCAAUUAUUGCGGGAUGACCCUGAGGCUCGUUUGGUUCUUCAUAUGCACGGCGCUGGGGGAACCGUCGCCUCGGGUUACCGCGUCCCAAAUUAUCGUGCGCUGUCAGCGGGCAGUCCCGGGAAAAUCCAUGUUCUGACGUUUGAUUACCGAGGAUUUGGCAAGAGUACCGGGUCACCAUUUGAAACCGGGCUCAUCACCGAUGCCCUCGCCGUGGUGGAUUGGGCAAUGAAUGUUGCAGGCAUCCCUCCAUCUCGAAUUUUGAUCUUUGCUCAAUCGAUGGGUACGGCCGUGAGCAUCGCUGUGUCCAAACAUCUUGCUGUGCAGGAUCCACCAAUAGUAUUCUCAGGCACGGUGCUCGUUGCGCCAUUUGUGGAUGUCGCGACAUUGGUCUCGACCUAUCGAGUCGCGGGUACCGUGCCAAUCUUGUCGCCAGUUGCGAGGUUCCCCUUCCUCUUCAAAUAUCUUCAGCGAUUCGUUCGAGACAAAUGGCCGAGCAAGGAUUCUAUUGCGCAAUAUAUCCGGGCGAACGAGAUAAACGGAGAGAAAUACCGAAUAACGAUAAUCCACGCCGAGGAUGACUAUGACAUUCCGUGGCACCAUUCCCAACUUUUGUUUUGGCAUGCGGUGAAUGCUGCGAUGCCAGCGGAGAUCAGUUAUGACGACCUUGAGCAAAAGAAACUUGAUUCGAAAGCAGAUCUGGGAGCUGCCGGGUCUAUGAUGGAAUGGAAAACAGAGAACGGGGUUAUUCGCGAGGAAAUCUUGAAAACUGGAUUGCAUGAUAUGAUCAUGGGGUACCCAGUAAUCACAAUGGCCGUGAUGCGAUUUUUUGCGGCGGCAGAUCCGUCAUUUUCAUCUUGA